AUGGGUAUGUGUUCUCUUCUGGGUUUGUUGCUGCCGAUUUUUUUAUGGGGCAUAUUAUGUUAUUUUCUCAAUUCUAACCGAUUGAGAACCGCAAUCACCACCGUCUGCUUGCAUCACCGAUCUCCGCCAGCUGCAACCAUCGUCAUCCCGUCGUCACUGCCUUCAGGCGAUAUACCAAAUCUCUCAUUCAAUAUCUUCCCCUUCUCGAUUGUUCUGAUUUUAACGCAACAGAUAUUCCACCGCCUUAACAUAGCAUCACCUGACGUUGCGGCUAACAAGCACCCCUAACAUUCAUCGGGCAUCUUCAGCAAUCGGUGACGGCUUCGCAGUUUUGAGGUUUUGGGCGCCGGUUGGACGACGAUGGCGGUUCUAUCGAAUGACGUUGGUAUAAUAAUCUGUUAACGAUGAUGAUCCACACAUGGAUUUGAGGUUAUCUGAAACCCGUUGAAGCCACCAUCUUCCUCCGUUGAUUCAUGUCUUUACACCGCCUCACUACCUUCUUCUACACUACCACCGCCUCUUCCGCCCAGAUGUGUUCUAAUUGUUCUUUCAUCCCGAUUAUGAACGAAGUUGAGGUGGAGAAGAAGUUCGGGGAAGCGUUCUUCAAAACUGGACCUUCCGUAUUUUGUUUGUUUUGUUCCUCAAGGUUUUAAUAAUCCAAGAAAUCAUCUCAAGUGCUUGCACAACAGUUGAAUUUCAAGGCUUCUAGGGUAGAUGAGAGUGGGACCGACGGAUUGCAGAUGGGGUUUCCUGAUAUGCUGUAUCAGAGAUACUUAAAGCAGCUAGAAAAGAUAUUGAAAUCUUGCAAGUUGAUGAAUAUGGCAGCUUGGUUUUGCAAACUGCUUUCAAGUUAUUGGCUGGAUAUGAGGAGGAGUUAUUGUAUGCCAUUCCAAUCAUUCUUGGAUGCAAAGGGAAUUUCGUAGAUAAGAAUGUUGUCAAAAGGCUUUUGAGUUUAAUGAAAGAAACUGCUUUCAGUCAUCUGAUGGAGAUUUGAUCAACUUCAUUUUUUUCCUUUUGCAAUUUUUUGCUGACAUAAAUUUAUAUUCUUUUUUAUUAGUUUUGAAGCGUUUGUGUUUGUAAAUUGUAAUGCAGGUCGUCUUGGAAGUUGCUCCUGAAACAUUGUACAACGAAUUAAUAACAACGGUUUUCAAAAAUUCAUUAUAGCCCAUUGUUUGUGACUUGGAAGAAAGCUGUGAAUGGUGGGGAACCUCGUCUACGUGGAUGCAUAGGAACUCUGGAAGCUCGCUGCAUAAUAAAUGGCUUCAAGGAUUAUUCACUAACCAGUGCUCUGAGGGAUCGGCGAUUUCCACCAAUACAGUCUAAAGAAUUACCCUUCUUGUAAUGUACAGUUUCCAUUCUUACUAAUUAUGGAAAUGCUGCUAACUAUCUCGAUUGGGAGGUUCAGCGGCUGACCGCGGGCAGGCGAAGGCAUGACCAUACACUUCCUCGGUUUAUAAUUAUGAUUUCUGGGAACUCUUAUAUUAAACUAUUUUUGAAAAACUUUUUGUAAUAACUAUUGGUAUUUUGAAUGUUUUAAAAGUUUAAAUUUGGUUUGAAUUUUAUGGGUGUUA